AUGAAGGCGAACCUCACGCUCGUCACCCCCGAGCGGCAGGCCGAGAUCAAGGAGGCGUGGAACCUGAUCGCGGAGAAGAAGCCGAGCCUGCGAAAAAAGGAAGUGUUCAAGGUCAUGCGCGCCCUGGGCAUGGCGCCGACGGAGCACGAGUGGAAGGAGAUGUGGACGAAGAUGGAGCCCGUCCACGGCAAGGUCGAGUUCCACGGCUUCUCGCACGCGCGCGCGCCGCGUCCGGGGAUCGGCGCGCCGGCGAAGAUCCAGGAGGCCUUCGAGCUCUUCGACAGCGAGCGGAAGCAGUACUUCGACGCGAACGACCUCGACCGCGUCAUGCGGAGCCUCAACGAGCACCUGACCAUGGACCAGAUCAAGGACAUGAUCCUCGAGGUCGACUGCCAGGGCGACUACAGGAUCAACCGCGACGAGUUCCUCGACAUGAUGGCGACAUAG